UUCUUCUGGUGAAGGCUUGGAGCAGGGCCAGGAGUUGGUAUUCAGGAUCCUACAUCCAUUUUGCCUUGGAUAACCAGCAUUACCUGAGGCCUUUAGAGCUUUUGGAAAUUUUCCACUUGCAUUUCGUAUUCGCAGGAGAAUUUCCAGGCCAGACUUUUCCUGCUCACAGAUAUGCAAAGCAGAGACCUCCCACCCCAGCCACAGCAGGGAGGACUCAGCUAGCUGCUCCCGCCCUGACUCAGCUCCAGCCAGCACAGGCAGCACAUCGCCUGGGUGGCAUCCUCAGAAUCAGUUAUGGAGACACCAGGCUCAGCCGAGAUGCCUCGCCAAUUCCCCAAGUUGAACAUGUCCGAUUUGGACGAGCAAGUCCGGCUGUUGGCGGAGAAGGUGUUUGCUAAGGUGCUCAGAGAAGAGGACAGCAAAGAUGUUAUGUCCCUGUUCACUGUCCCUGAGGACUGUCCCAUUGGACAGAAGGAAGCCAAGGAGAGAGAGCUCCAGAAGGAACUGGCAGAGCAGAAGUCUGUGGAGACAGCAAAAAGAAAGAAGAGUUUCAAGAUGAUUCGGUCGCAGUCUCUGUCCCUGCAGAUGCCAACACAACAAGACUGGAAAGGCCCUCCAACCGUCAGUCCGGCCAUGUCUCCUGCAACUCCUCUGGUUCCUGGAGCCACUUCCAAGCCUGGGCCAGUACCCUAUGCCAUGCCUGAGUAUCAGAGGGUCACUAUCAGUGGAGAUUACUGUGCAGGGAUCACUGUAGAAGACUAUGAACAGGCUGCCAAGAGCCUGGCCAAGGCCCUGAUGAUCCGGGAGAAGUAUGCACGGCUUGCCUACCACCGGUUCCCACGGACCACAGCCCAGUACUUGGCUCACCAGGGGGAAAGUGUAUCUUUGGAAGAAGGUCUCCCAGACUUCCACCCUCCCCCACUACCCCAAGAAGACCCUUAUUGCCUGGAUGAUGCACCCUCCAACCUGGGCUACCUGGUCCGCAUGCAGGGAGGCAUCCUUUUCGUGUAUGACAACCAGACAAUGCUAGAACGCCAGGAGCCCCACAGCCUGCCCUAUCCUGACCUGGAAACCUACACUGUGGACAUGAGCCAUAUUCUGGCACUCAUCACUGAUGGCCCCACGAAAACCUAUUGUCACCGGCGACUGAACUUUCUGGAAUCCAAAUUCAGCCUCCAUGAGAUGUUAAACGAGAUGUCAGAGUUCAAGGAAUUGAAGAGUAACCCCCACAGAGACUUCUAUAAUGUGAGGAAGGUGGACACGCACAUUCAUGCAGCGGCCUGCAUGAAUCAGAAACACUUGCUGCGCUUUAUCAAGCACACGUACCAGACAGAGCCUGACAGAACUGUGGCCGAGAAACUGGGUCGGAAGAUCACCCUAAGGCAGGUGUUCGACAGCCUGCAUAUGGACCCCUAUGACCUCACCGUGGAUUCACUGGACGUCCAUGCGGGCCGACAGACAUUCCACCGUUUUGACAAGUUCAACUCCAAGUACAACCCCGUGGGGGCCAGUGAGCUCCGGGACCUGUACCUGAAGACUGAAAACUUCCUGGGAGGAGAGUACUUUGCUCGGAUGGUCAAGGAAGUGGCCCGGGAGCUGGAGGACAGCAAGUACCAGUACUCAGAACCACGGCUCUCCAUCUAUGGCAGAAGUCCCCAGGAGUGGUCCAGCCUGGCCCGCUGGUUCAUCCAGCACAAGGUCUACUCACCCAACAUGCGCUGGAUCAUCCAGGUGCCCCGGAUCUAUGACAUAUUUAGGUCAAAGAAACUACUGCCAAACUUUGGGAAGAUGCUGGAGAACAUCUUCCUGCCCCUUUUCAAGGCUACCAUCAACCCCCAAGACCACCGGGAGCUUCACCUCUUCCUCAAAUAUGUGACAGGGUUUGACAGCGUGGAUGAUGAGUCCAAGCACAGCGACCACAUGUUCUCAGACAAGAGUCCCAGUCCAGACCUCUGGACCAGCGAGCAGAACCCACCCUACAGUUACUACCUGUACUACAUGUAUGCCAACAUCAUGGUGCUGAACAACCUUCGCAGGGAACGUGGCCUGAGCACAUUCCUGUUCCGGCCUCACUGUGGGGAGGCCGGCUCCAUCACCCACCUAGUGUCCGCCUUCCUGACUGCAGACAACAUUUCCCAUGGACUGCUCCUUAAGAAGAGUCCUGUAUUGCAGUAUCUCUACUACCUGGCUCAGAUCCCUAUUGCCAUGUCUCCUCUCAGCAACAAUAGCCUAUUUCUGGAAUAUUCCAAGAAUCCACUUAGGGAAUUCCUACACAAGGGACUGCAUGUCUCUCUCUCUACUGAUGACCCCAUGCAGUUCCACUACACCAAGGAGGCACUCAUGGAGGAAUAUGCCAUCGCAGCCCAAGUGUGGAAGCUCAGCACGUGUGACUUGUGUGAGAUCGCCAGGAACAGUGUGCUGCAGAGCGGCCUCUCACAUCAGGAGAAGCAGAAGUUUUUGGGACAGAAUUAUUACAAAGAAGGACCAGAGGGCAAUGAUAUCCGAAAGACCAAUGUAGCACAGAUCCGGAUGGCAUUCCGCUAUGAGACCCUGUGCAAUGAGCUCAGUUUUCUGUCUGACGCCAUGAAGUCAGAGGAAAUCACAGCCCUGACCAAAUAGGCCCAGCGUUCCUCACACACUUCCACCUUUCUGUUUAAUUUCAAGGCUGCUGGAGCUAAUGAUGGCCAAGAUCUCAAACUAGGGCUUUUGUCUGUGACGAGGCUGAUUUUGGUUGCACCUUACGAACACCUCCCACGGGCGA